AUGUCGUCGACUGGUCUGACAGGUAAAGUCAUUGUCAUCUCUGGAGCCGCAUCCGGCAUAGGGCGCGAAACCGCCAUCCAGGUCGCCGCUCGCGGAGCAAAGGUCUCCAUCUGCGACGUACAGUCGUCACUCCUGGACAAGACGGUCGACCUGAUCGCGCAGAAUGGCGGCACCGUCAUGGGCACCUGCGUGGACGUGCGGGAACGGAAAUCGGUCGAGGCGUGGGUCCGUCGCACAGUCGAGACGUUCGGCAAGCUGGACGGCGCGGCCAACAUUGCCGGCGUGGCCGGGGCCGACACGGGAGUCGCCGGCAUUGCGGACGUCGACGACGCUGACUGGGCGUUGGUCUUUGACGUUAACGUCAAGGGCCUCAUGCACUGUCUGCGCGCCCAGGUGCCCAACAUGAACGAGCGCGGUGGCUCCAUCGUCAACAUGUCCAGCCUCUGGGGGAGUCGGGGUUGGCCACGCCAGUACGCCUACAAUGCGUCCAAGCACGCCAUCAACGGCAUCACCAGGUGCGCAGCGAGGGAACUGGGGCCCAGGAACAUUCGCGUCAAUGCCGUGGCACCAGGCAAGAUCGAAACCCCCAUGUCUCCGACCACAGACUCGGAAGAAACACUGGCCGAAUUGAUUCCCCUGGGACGAAAGGGCACGGCAUUGGAAGUCGCUGAAACAGUCGCCUUCCUCCUCUGCGAUGCGUCGGCGUAUAUUUCUUCUGCCGUCAUUGGUGUCGACGGAGGCCGUCUCUCCUAG